AUGGCAGUUUUGAGUUCCAUGGCCAUUUCAUGUCUACAUUCACUUUCUCACAAGGAAAGCUGCUUCCUUUCGUCUCAAUUUUCAAAACCGUUGUUCACAAACCCCUUUUUGAAGAAACCCAGUUUCUCAAUCUCAUUUUGCCUCAAGCAAGAUAGAGAGAUUCAGCAAGAAUCUAGCAGAGAAGAAGACAAAGAAGAAAAAGAAGAAGAUUAUUGGGUUGUGACAGCCGUAAGAAGCAGAUACAAUGAGAUUGUUAUAGUCGAUACAGUUUCUUCCAGAUAUCUUCUCCUUGAUUCAACUAAAAAUGUACAUAGUGUUAUCAAUAAAGGAGGCCAGAAUUGGACUGGAUUAUAUUGGGAUGAAGCUGUGAGUUUACCACCAAUUAUCCCUAAUGGUCCAAUUGCAAUCUAUGGAUUGGGUGGUGGAACAUCUGCAAGAUUGAUGCUUGAGCUGUGGCCUUCUAUGCAGCUUGACGGUUGGGAAAUUGAUGAAAUUUUGAUCGAGAAAGCAAGAGACUAUCUUGGUUUAUCUGAGCUUGAAGAACCAACAUCGGAAGGUGGUAGGCUUUGUGUUCAUGUAGGUGAUGCUCUCCUUCCUUCUCAAGAUGAAUCAAAAAGAUAUGCUGCUAUCAUCGUUGAUUUGUUCUCUAAUGGAAAGGUCUUAGAUCAGCUUCAAGAGGUUCCAAUAUGGCUAGAUCUAGCGAGCAGGCUAAUGCCGAACGGUCGGAUGAUGGUGAACUGCGCCGGGAUCGAAGCAGAAAGUGUUGCAACAAAUGGAAAAGUUGAGUUGGUUUUAGGUGAUUCGGUGUGGAUGUUGAAUUCUACCAUCAAGAUCUUGUCAGAAGCAUUUCCUGGUCAAGUUUGCUGGAAGAGGACGCCGGAUUCACAAGGUCUCAAUUUCGUUGCGUUAACCGGAGGCUUGCCUGAUCUUAGUGACUGGUCUAAGAAAGUUCCAGAGCGUAUGAGGGAGACAGUGAAGCAAUGGAAACUCUGCGAGAAACCAUCUUAA